CCGACUGAAGGCGAACAGUAGAGGCAGGCGCACAUAUCGCUACGAAUUACACUGUGACGGCUCGCAGGAUCCAUACAUAAGCAUGCGCAUUUACGUGAUUUUGUUCUCGAUUGGAUUGUGUUUCCACUCGGCCAGCCAGAUCCUCGCGGACGACGCAGACGACGACAGAAUGGCGCGCAUGCGCGAUGCGGCCAAUACGCUGAUCGGCAUGACGAGGCGCGGCGAGCUCGGGGCCGCACUCAUGCCGAACCUCGGCCGCGGGUCGGCCGACAGUGCGGACAGCCGCCGCAACUCUGAGAACCGCGUGCGAAUCCGUGCGGCAACGCGCCACAUACAGGACGUCGCCGGACACGUGCAGCGCAUGCUGCGUCGCCUGUCGACGACCACGUCGCAGCCGAUGCUGCAGAUGCUGCUGCCGUACCUCAUUGAGAGCACGGGCGUCGUCGACGGACGCGACAGCCGACAGAUGGUGCAGAUCGGAACGGAGGUGUUGCGGAUGCUUCGCGAGCCGAUGGGCGUGUUCGCCAUGUCGCCCGUCAUCAUGCCUCUGGCGAGUCAGUUAGAUCCGAGUCUGAGGAUGUUGGCACUGGAGAUGAUGGGCACCAGGGGCGCUCCGCUCGGCACGCGCAGCGUCACGAGUAACGAGGACGUGUCGCUCGCAUGCGAGAAGCUGACGUGCACCGCCUGGGAGGACAAGUCGUUCUGCAGCGCCACCUGCCAGAACGGACCCGGUUUCAAAGUAAGUGCGGAGUCGAGGGGAUGAACUCAC